UGAUAAAACGAUUGUAUGAUUUGAUCAGGCUUGGAUGAGUUCAAUGAAUUCAGUCUCAUAUCUUUUAUCUAAUACGAAUAGGAGGUUCAGAACUGCCAGAUUUCUUAAACAGUGCACAACAUCAUUCCGUACAUCAGUAAUAGACUUGAUUUUUAACUCAUUUUACGAUGUCUUGCACCAUCGUUUUGCAAAAUUUCGAUGGCUCGUAUUAUCCUGGGAGCUCUAUAUCUGGAUAUGUGGUUUGCACGUUUGUAAAUGAAAAAAAGAUCAGAGGUGUUAGAGUCAAGUUACGUGGUACAGAACAAACAUCUUGGUGGGAACGAGAAAGUUACUGGGAUAGUAGACAGAAAAAAACGAGCUAUAAGAAUGUACAUUAUACUGGGAAAAACAAGUUUUUAUCUGAAACGUUGAUAUUAUUCGGAAAAGGAACUAUGAAUCCCGGUAGAUAUGAAUACCCAUUUACUUUCAUUUUACCAAGAAACCUGCCUGAGACGUUCAAAGGAAUUCAUGGAUACAUCAUAUAUUACAUCAAAGCCAAUGUUGACAUACCAUUUGCUAUCGAUUAUGAAGAUGAAAAAAUGUUUGAUGUACCGGCACCAAUAGACUUCAACGAUAUCAAAUCCCAACUAGCACUGGCCCCAUCGUCGUAUCAAGAUGAGAAAACAGUAUGCUGCUGCUGUUGUGCUGAUGGACCCAUUACUCUUGAUGUACAUUUACAGAAAGAAGCAUUUGUGGUAGGAGAGAAUGCCAAAAUCGUGAUUGACGUGAAAAACUUUUCGAAUAAAAAUAUAGACAGAAUACUUUUAACUUUGAAGACGGUAAUCACAUAUACUACGACCAGUCCCAGCAGACAUCAUAAAUACUUCAGUGAAGUUUUGGCUUCAACUUCUGCUGGUGGAGUAGGAGCCCACGGGCAGAGCAUGCUUGAACUGGCUUUCGAAAUACCAACAUCAGCAACAGUAUUCAAUUUCAACCGAUGCACUCUGUUUCAACAGUCGUUUACACUUGAAGUUAAAGCUGAAUUACCAGGUUUACAUCUCAACAUGAACAUCAAAAUUGGGCUUGUAAUAGGACACAUACCCAUCAGAGGUGUGCAAAUUCAACCGUUUCAUCAUAUUUUGUACCCUUCAUCAGCGAUUCGAAAUGACCUACCUCCACCAUACCCUCUUCAAAACGCAACCGCACCUCAAGAGGAUUUUUCACCAACUGCCCCAGUUGAGCAGUGAUUCACGCCGUUAGAAGGAUGGGGUGUCCAUUUCUCUUGAAUACAUCUUCCAAAAAGAGUUACAUGCCAUUGUAGGAUAUUGUUAUUUGACACUGUUCCAGGAUGAAAAUAGUAAUUCAGCAAACUGAAAAAAUAUGAUUAGUUAUAAGUUAGCUAUACAUUUUUAGACAAUUAUAUUAUGUUUGAAAUUGACUUUUAUUUUUGCGUUUUCAACUAUUUGUUUAAGAAGUUCCUGUUAACAGUUAUUUCAAUUUAUGAAGAAGAAUUUCCACAUAUAUCAUGUGGUUUUUCCCUCAUAGGGCAUUCCAUUAUGAAUAUUUUAUCAUUAAUGAUUAUAGUAAUAUAAUAUUAUAUAAUAUUUGAUGAUGAUUUUCAAUUUUUCAAAAUAUAAAAUAUAUAUUUGUGA